UUGGAGUCCAAGUGAUACGAGAUGCCUGAUCUCCAUUUGGGCAGAAGACUCAGUCCUGUCAGUCUCCGCAGCUGGAACAGUCCGUGCAUGUAUAUUAGUGCUUGAAACAUCUUCAAACAUCAGCUAUUGUUUUCACAGCUAGUCGGCAAAUCUGGCGCUUGACUGAGUCCCUUUGACCUUGUAGCGGACGUGACGUAGCAGUAACAAACCCUUCUUCUUCGGAGUGACGAAAUCUGAUCACAAGUGGUCAGCAGGACGCAUUUGGAGACGCAUGACAGACACAGGUGUAAACGGCGACGUGUCUCGCCGUCCACUUGUGAUCCGAUCGCCCAAAACGCCUUUUAAAGCCAAGUGCAACCGGGGUGUCCAGAGGAACAGAAGGUGACGCAGAGAGGUUGCUUUGUUUCUGUCGACAGUCAGGUCCAUCAUGUUCACAGCAGCGGACGCACACACGCUGCUGGACGCAGCUCUCGGUCGGACGGCACACGUGCCGCUCAAAUGGGCCGUGACCCAUUAAAUGUCGUCAAAGUGCUGCUCCGGCGCAAAGAUGCCUGGCCACGUUAGACUGCUAACGUUUCACAGUGUAUCGCAAGAAUGCAAACUUCUUGGAAGAAUGCGGGGCCCAGACUGCUGCCUCAUGAGCACGGGCAACCAUAAGGCGGUCUAGCGAGGGUCCUCGGUAUGUCGCGGGGCUAUGUGAAAUGCGCGGGCAGGCAGCGGGUUCUGUUCGGCGGCAGUACAGCGGGCUGCGCAGCAGGGGAGCGGUGCAGGACGGGGGGGGGGGAUUCUGCGUCGGCCAGCAGUAAACCCUCCGGGGCACCGCAUUGUUGCAUUAUCUCCGCCGCUGAGGGUUUGGGCGACUCAGUCGCGUGAUCAUUACCUCAUCAGCGCCGGCUUGUUUACGGUCGUUAGCAGCGGGUCAGCUGUUUUUCGACGAAACACCGCCUCUUUUCAUGACGUGACAGCUCAACUACCAAUCAGCUCCCUCGGAAGCGAAGCGUUUACUGCGUUCCUGUGCGCUGCCUUCCGCCAUUGUCAGACGUCUCAGAGGAUUUUGGUCGUAGGAGGCGACUACUACAAAAGCAGAUCAUGUGGAGAGGUGGAGUCCUCACACACAGUGCAGCUCAUUGGACAGGUGACAUAAACUUUACUACAAUUUGCCCAAAUGGGUCAGAAUGGGUUUGGCAUGGACUUCGGGAAUGCGCCCAGGACGGCAGAGAUAUGGCCAGUGUCUUUCUGGGCCUGUUUUCAAUUCUCUGCUUCAUGGUGUCUUCACUCCCACAGUACUACAGUUCUUGUAAGACGGGGAACAUGGACAGUGCACUCUCUAUCUGGUUCCUGCUGCUGUGGUUGGGAGGUGACAGCUGUAACCUGGUGGGCUCCUUCUUGGCUGACCAACUUCCCCUUCAGACAUACACAGCAGUGUAUUACGUCCUGGCUGAUCUGCUGAUGCUAGCUCUGUACUUCUAUUACAUGACAAAGAACAGAAUGGCUAACGGUAGGAUGCUUUUAAAUGUAGUGGGUGUGGCCUGUGUGCUGGGCUGCACGGCCUCUCUGGCUUCAGGAUCUCAGCAGGACUUGAGACCCUCUGGAUUCAAAGGUCGUGCCUUACUUUCAGUCUCUUACAUGGACACUACAAAUACUCAGCUCCAGGCCUUCACCCCCAAGGAGAUCAUAGGCUUCUCCAUCGGUUCGGUGUCGUCGCUGCUGUACCUCUGUUCCAGACUGCCCCAGAUAUACACUAAUAACAAGAGAAAGUCAACAGAGGGAGUCUCGUACUUCUUGUUUGCCCUAGUCAUUCUAGGGAACACUACAUAUGGCCUCAGUGUGCUGCUCAAGAACCCCAACGUGGGCCAGGGUGAGGGCAGUUACGUCAUCCAUCAUCUACCCUGGCUUAUUGGCAGCCUGGGCACCCUGUCUCUAGACCUCAUUAUCUCUAUGCAGUUUUUGAUAUACCGCCAGUCUUCAGCAGAGACGGACAGAUCCUGUGAGGAGACGACUGUUUUACUGGGCAACUGAGCCAGUCUCUGCGGACCCAGGUGGAAGCUGGACAUAUCACACUCAACCUGAGUGGAUUUUCAAAGUCACAUUCCUGUAACAGUCACAGCAGGGCGAAGACACUACACACCACUUUUCCAGUUAGGUUUUAACAUUGUGUUGUGCUUCUCAAAGAGUUGUCGUCUCUUGUGUUGGUCAUCAGGUACUGAUGAAUACAUAAACACGUUUUUUCAUUGGAUUGCAAUGCUAUGCAUUGACAUAAUAGUUUUAAUUGCUGUAAAUUUUCCAGGAAAGCAAGAUUUUAAAGGGAAUGUUGAGAUGUAAGUCUCAGACAUGAAGAGACAAGUCCUUUUCAGGGAGAAGAACAAUUUAACAAAGUGUAGGUCAUGACUUUUUAAAAUACAUUGACCAUUUUUAAUAACAUGAACUUGAGUGUCUGACCUGCUCAAAAAGAGAACGAGUCACAUGGCUACAAAAAAUUCUGCUGACGUUCCACAAGUGCCAAAUACAGUUCUAACACUUACGGCCCUUGUGCACAAGUCCAAACACUUCGUAUGCAUUUUAUGAAUCCGUUAUCUGACGAACAGAAAAAUAACAGAAGUCUUGCAGAUUGAGUCUGAUGUGUUUAUGCAGAAAAUUAGCAGCCAAACAAAAGGGAGUCCUCAGACAGCAAAGAUGGCUUUGUGGUUCUCUUUCUUUUGCUGAGAAAUAAGAUAAGGCCUAUCAGGUAGGCAAGACCCAGUUCCAAGAGCAGGGAGACUUUCACAAGCUAAUACAGGAGCUGGGGAACCAUCCCAGCUGCUUCCUUCAGGAUGUCAGUGGCCUAGUUAGAUGCAUUAGCUAUGCUCAAACCACAUAUUAAAAAGACUACAACUACCACAAUCCAAUCAAUCCUGAACGUGGUCACGUAGUAUAUUAUGGUAGGGACUCGCACAUCUUGUUAAGCCAAAGAAAAAGUGUCACUGUGAAUAUUUUAUUCGAAAAAAAAUAGACUUGUUGUGCAAAGGCCUUAACCAUUGCAUGAAGCUCCCUGUCUGUUUUUGGGACAGGGUUAUUUUUUGGGAGAGGGGCU